AGAAGAAAAUUUAUUCCAAAUAUUGUGCAUAGAAAAAAGUAUAAACAUUUUUUUGAUUGUACUUGUGCAAUAAUGGAAAAUCAAUUGAAUGAAAUUUGUAAAAAAAGUCUACAAGAUUAUAUGAGCUUUAUUAUCAAUGAAUCAACAAGUAGUUUUAAUUUGAAAAUUAUUCUAAAAAAUAAUAAUUUAACAUUGGAUCCACAAAUUGAUUUAUUUAUUAAAACUCAUUGGAAUAUAUUGGAUACAAUUGUUGAUGCUGUUUGUAAAAUAAAUAGACUAGAGACACGAUUGUACACAGAUUGGAUUGAUCCAAUUGAAUUUUUAAAACCAAAUAUUUCUAAAACUACAAUUGCUUUGUAUAAAAAACAAAUAACAGAUUUAUUUGAACAAUCAAAAGUAAUACCAGAAGAAAAAAUGAAUUUACUAAAUGAAUAUUCAAAUUUUUGGAAUGGUGAAGAACUUGAUAAGGUCAAUGAAUUUAUUGCUGAUGAUUCCAAGAGCCUGAAUGAUUAUCAAGCAAUUAUUAGCUAUUAUGAUGAACUUAGUUGUAGUAUUUCUAUUAAAAUUAAUAAAACUACAUUUGUUGGAAUGUUUGAAUUAACAUAUGAUGAUUUUAUUGAUUCAUUGGUAAAUGCUAUUGAUAACUUGAAGAAAUUAUUGAUUGACAGUGUUAUUAAUCGUUAUCAAUUAAAAGCAAAAUAUGUUGAAAAAGAAUAUGAGGCAAUUGCAGAAAAAGCAAUGUCUCAUCCUGUUAAUACAGCUGGUCUCAUGGAACAAAUUGAUUUUAUGAAAAAAAUUGAAGAUAAACAUUUACAAAAUUUAGAAGAUAUUUUAGAUGAAAUUAUUACCAAUAUUAUAUUUUUAUCAGACUAUUGGCUUUUAUCAACAGAUGAAAUAUCAACAAAUAAUAGUGUAUUUACUUGGUAUCAUAGAAUGCCAAAAAUAUUUGAAGAUAAUUUAAAAAUAAUAAAUGAUAAAACUAUUGAAUUUAAGGCAUCAUUAAAAUUACGUUAUCAAAAAUUUGAAGAAGAGCUGGAUUUAUUAUCAAAACAAGUUGAUGAAAUUCAACACUGGGGUGAUAUAGAAGAAGUAUUUAGAUAUCAAAAAAAAAUACAAAAUAUUGAAAAUAAAUUAAUUGGUGCAAUGGAAAAAAUUGAUAAAUUUAAUGAAGAAGAAUUGCUAUUUGGUUGGGAUAUAACUGAAUAUCCAGUACGUAAAGAAAUAGCUGAUCGUUUAAUGUCAUUUAAAAAAUUAUAUGAUUCAACAUGUGAUUAUUUAUUAAAAUAUGAAAAAUGGACAAGUGCUUUAAUUGGUGCAUAUCAUCCUGAUGAUAUUGAAAAUGAUGUUAAUUUAGCAUAUCGUACAAUUUAUAAACUUGAAAAAACACUUGAAUUUGAACCAAAAGAAUUGUCAAUAAUAAUAAAAGAUAAAAUUGAAAAUUUCAAGCAUAAUUUACCAAUAAUAAUGACACUUGGUAAUCCAGGAAUGAAAACAAGACAUUGGAAUGAAGUAUCAAAUAUUAUUGGUAUACCAAUAAAAGUAAAUUCAGAUUUAACACUUGGUAAAAUAAUUGAUAUGAAACUUGAUGAUUAUAUUGAUAAAUUUGAUGUUAUUGCUGAUGCUGCAAUUAAAGAAGGUAAUCUUGAAAAUAAUAUUGAAAAAAUGAAUAAUGAUUGGCAAAAAAUAUCAUUUACUGUUAAUCCAUAUAAAGAUUCUGGUACAUUUGUCAUAGCAUCUAUUGAUGAAAUACAAUUAAUGCUUGAUGAUCAUCUUAUUAAAACAAUGACAAUGAAAAAUUCAUCAUAUAUUAAACCAUUUGAAAAAGAUAUUAUAACAUGGGAAAUUAAAUUAAAUUUAUUACAAGAAAUAUUAGAUUAUUGGCUUAAAGUACAAAGUACAUGGAUGUAUCUUGAGCCAAUUUUUACAUCACCAGAUAUACAACAACAAAUGCCAGAUGAAGGUAGAAAAUUUACAUCUGUUGAUAAAACAUGGAGAGAUACAAUGAGACGUAUUAAAACAAAUUCACUUGUUAUGUCAGUUGUUGAAAUAAAUGUAUUGGAAAAAUUUAAAAAAUGUAUGAUACUAUUGGAACUUAUACAAAAAGGAUUAAAUGAAUAUUUAGAAAAAAAAAGACUUUAUUUUCCAAGAUUUUUUUUCUUAUCAAAUGAUGAAUUAUUAGAAAUAUUAUCUGAAACAAAAGAUCCAACUAGAGUUCAGCCACAUUUAAAAAAAUGUUUUGAAGGUAUUUCAAAGCUUAAAUUUAAUUCUGAUUUAGAAGUUAAACAUAUGAAAUCAACUGAAGAUGAAGAAGUUGAAUUAGUUGAUAUUAUAUCAACAUCACAAGCACGUGGACAAGUUGAAAAAUGGCUAUUAGAACUUGAAAAAAAUAUGAAAAAAAGUAUAAAAUAUAUUAUUAAACAAUCAAUUGAUGCUUAUCCAAUAAAAAAAAGAACAAAUUGGGUUCUUGAAUGGCCUGGACAAUGUGUACUAUGUGUUAGUCAAUUAUAUUGGACACAAAAAAUUGAAGAAUCAAUGGAAAUUGGUAUUAAUGGACUAAAAAAUUAUCUUGAACAAUGUCAACAAGAAUUAAAUGAUAUAAUAUUAAUAAUAAGAGGUAAAUUAUCAAAACAAAAUAGAAUAACACUUGAAGCAUUGGUAACACUUGAUGUACAUGGUAAAGAUACAUUAACACAAUUAUAUAAUGAUAAAGUAUUAAAAAAUAGUGAUUUUAAAUGGCUAUGUCAGUUACGUUAUUAUUGGAAAAAUAAUAAUUUAAUAACAUAUAUGAUUAAUUCAUCACUUGCAUAUGGAUAUGAAUAUUUGGGUAAUUCAUCAAGACUUGUUAUAACACCAUUAACUGAUCGUUGUUAUAGAACAUUAUUUGGUGCAUUAAGUCUUCAUCUUGGUGGUGCACCAGAGGGUCCAGCUGGUACUGGUAAAACAGAAACAACAAAAGAUCUUGCAAAAGCUAUUGCAAAACAAUGUGUUGUAUUUAAUUGUUCAGAUGGUCUUGAUUAUAUUGCAUUAGGUAAAUUUUUUAAAGGUUUAGCAUCAUGUGGUGCAUGGUCAUGUUUUGAUGAAUUUAAUAGAAUUGAUCUUGAGGUAUUAUCUGUUGUUGCACAACAAAUAUUAACAAUACAACGUGGUAUUAAUGCUGGUAUAGAAAAAUUAUUAUUUGAAGGUACAGAAAUAUAUUUAGAUUCAACAUGUGCUGUAUUUAUAACAAUGAAUCCUGGUUAUGCUGGUAGAUCAGAAUUACCAGAUAAUUUAAAAGCAUUAUUUAGAUCAGUUGCAAUGAUGGUACCUGAUUAUGCAUUAAUUGCUGAAAAUACAUUAUAUUCAUUUGGUUUUUAUAAUGGUCGUCCACUUGCUGUUAAAAUUGUAAAUGCAUAUAAGCUGUGCUCAGAACAAUUAUCAAGUCAGUGUCAUUAUGAUUAUGGUAUGAGAGCUGUUAAAUCAGUAUUAACUGCUGCUGGAAAUUUAAAAUUAAAAUAUCCAAAUGAAUCUGAGGAUGUACUAAUAUUACGUAGUAUUAAAGAUGUUAAUUUACCAAAAUUUUUAAGUAUUGAUUUAGAAUUAUUUAAAGGUAUUACAUCAGAUUUAUUUCCUGGUAUUUCAUUACCUGAAUCUGAUUAUACACAUCUUAAUAGUUGUAUUCAAGAAGCUUGUAAUAAAGCAAAUAUACAAUGUACAAAUUUUUUCAUUGAAAAAAUACAACAAAUAUAUGAAAUGAUGAUUGUUAGACAUGGUUUUAUGAUUGUUGGUUUACCAUUUGGUGGUAAAACAACAUCAUAUAAAAUACUUGCUGAUGCAUUAAAUUUACUUGAAAUAAAAGGUUUAAUGAAUGAGCAUAAAGUUGAAAUAACAAUAAUUAAUCCAAAAUCAAUAACAAUGGGUCAAUUAUAUGGACAAUUUGAUGCUGCAUCACAUGAAUGGAGUGAUGGUAUACUUGCUGUUAGUUAUAGAAAAUUUUCAUCAUCAACAAAUAAUAAUAGAAAAUGGCUUAUAUUUGAUGGACCAGUUGAUGCAAUAUGGAUUGAAAAUAUGAAUACAGUAUUGGAUGAUAAUAAAAAAUUAUGUUUAAUGUCUGGUGAAAUAAUACAAUUAGCAAAAACAACAAAUUUAAUAUUUGAACCAAUGGAUUUAGAAGUUGCAUCACCAGCAACUGUAUCAAGAUGUGGUAUGAUUUAUAUGGAACCAAUUGCACUUGGUUGGUUACCAUUAUUAACAUCAUGGAUUAAUAAUUUAUCUAAAAAUAUUACUGGACGUAUUAAAAUACAUUUAAAAAAAUUAUUUUUAAGAUUUUGUCCAGCAUUAUUACAUCUUAUACGUCGUUGUGGUGCUAAAGAAAUGUUAUAUAUGCCUGAUGCAAAUUUAAUAAGAUCAGUUAUGUAUUUACUUGAUUGUUUUUUAAAUGAUUUUAAUGAUGAUACAUAUAUUGCAACAAUAAGUGAUCUUGAAACACGUGCACAAAUUGAAGGAUCAUUUUUUUUCUCUUGUAUAUGGGGUUUAGGUGGUACAUUAAUGGUUAAUUAUCGUGAAUGGUUUAGUGAUUUAUUUCGUGGUUUAGUAGAACCAGAAUUAUCAAAUGAAAUUAAGUUGAGAUUUAAUUUACCAUCAAAUAUAAAAAAUCCUGAUCCACAAUAUGUUGAACCAAUACCAUUAAUUGGAUUAGUUUAUGAUUAUAAAUUUACAAAAGAAAAAAAAGGUAUAUGGACACCUUGGAUUGAUGAUCUUCGAGAUGUACCACCAAUACCAAAAGACAUACCGGUUAAUCAAAUAAUUGUAAAUACAAUUGAAACAGUUAGAUAUUUUUAUUUAUUUAAAAAUCUUAUUAAUAAUAAUAAACCAGUGUUACUUGUUGGACCAACUGGUACUGGAAAAUCUGUAUAUAUUAUUGAAUAUUUAUUAAAAUAUAAUGAUAAAUUAUUUAAACCGUUAUUCAUAACAUUUUCUGCACAAACAAGUGCAAAUCAAACACAAGAUAUUAUUAUGAGUAAAAUGGAUAAAAGAAAAAAAGGAGUUUAUGGAGCACCAAUUGGUAAACGUUGGAUAAUAUUUAUUGAUGAUGUAUCAAUGCCAUCACCAGAAGAAUAUGGUGCUCAGCCACCAAUUGAAUUACUCAGACAAUGGCUUGAUCAUGGUAUUUGGUAUGAUAGAAAAGAACUUGCUCCAUUUAAACUUAAAGAUAUUCAGUUUAUAUGUGCAAUGGGACCACCAUCAAGUGGUAAAGAUGUUACACCAAGAUUUAAACGUCAUUUUUUUACUCUCAGUAUAUCAGAAUUUAAUGAUGAUGUUAUGAUAACAAUAUUUUCGAAAAUUAUAUCAUGGCAUUUUGAAUCACGUGGUUUUACAAAUGAUUUUAAUAUUUGUAUUGAUCAAAUUGUUCUUGCAACAUUAAAUAUAUACAAAGAAAGUUUAAAACAUCUUUUACCAACUCCUGCAAAGUCACAUUAUUUAUUUAAUUUACGUGAUUUUUCACGAGUCAUUCAAGGAAUUUUAUUAUCAAGACCAGAUACUAUUAAAAAUUUGAUGGGAAUGAAACGUUUGUGGGUACAUGAAGUUUUGAGAGUUUAUGGAGAUCGAUUAGUUGAUGAUGUUGAUGUAAAUUGGCUUGUUGAACAAAUUCGAUUAGCGUUAAUCAAUGAAAUGGAAGAAGAUAUGAAUGUUUUAUUUAAUGAUUUUGCUGAUCAUCCAAAUGAAAAAAUAACAGAGCAACAUUUACGUAAUUUAAUUUACUGUGAUUUUGAGUAUUUAUUGGAUGGUCAAAAAAAAUAUAUGGAAGUUGAUGAUAUUGAUGGUCUUGCAGAGACAGCAAAUGAAUAUCUUGCUGAGUAUAAUUCAAUAUCUAAAAAACCAAUGAAUCUAGUACUUUUCAGAUUUGCUGUUGAACAUUUGUCAAAAAUAUGUAGAAUAUUAAUGCAACCACGUAGCCACGCCCUACUUGUAGGUGUUGGUGGUUCAGGUAGACAAUCAUUGACAAGAUUAGCAUCUCAUAUAUCUGAUUAUGAUAUAUUUCAAGUUGAAAUAUCACGACAAUAUACUAAACAUGAAUGGCAUGAAGAUUUAAAAAUAAUAUUACGUAAAACAGCAUCAAGUGAGCUACAUACAACAUUUUUAUUUACUGAUACACAAAUAAAAGAAGAAACAUUUUUAGAAGAUAUUAGUAAUUUAAUGAAUGCUGGUGAAGUACCAAAUUUAUUUACAAAUGAUGAAAAAAUUGAUAUUUGUGAAAAAAUACGACAAAUUGAUAAACAAAGAGAUAAAAAAAUACAAACAGAUGGUAGUCCAAUUGCAUUAUUUAAUUUUUUUAUACAAAUUGUUAGAGAACAAUUACAUAUUGUUGUUGCAAUGUCACCAAUUGGUGAUGCUUUUCGUACAAGAAUAAGAAAAUUUCCUGCACUUGUUAAUUGUUGUACAAUUGAUUGGUUACAACCAUGGCCAGAUGAUGCACUUCUUGCUGUUGCUACAAAAUUUUUAGGUGAAAUUGAAUUAUCAAUUGAUGAAAAAAAUGCAUGUAUUGAAAUGUGUCAAUAUUUUCAUACAUCAACACAAGAUUUAUCACGUGAAUUUUAUUUACGUGCACGAAGACAUAAUUAUGUUACACCAACAUCUUAUUUGGAGCUUAUUAGUACUUUUAAAGAUUUAUUGAGUAAAAAACGUAGUGAGGUACUUGAAGGAAAAAAAAGAUAUGAAAUUGGAUUAAGUAAAUUAGAUUCAACUCAUAAACAAGUUGAAAAAAUGCAAAUAAUUCUUGUUGCACUUCAGCCAAAGCUCAUUGAUGCAGCAAAAGAUGUUGAAAAAAUACUUGAAAAUGUUGAAAAAGAAAGUAAAGAAGUUGCUGAUAUUGAGAGAGUUGUUAAAGCUGAUGAAGAAGCAGCAAUGACAGUAGCAGCUGCUGCUGAAGAAAUUCGAAUGGAAUGUAAUGCUGACUUGGAGCUUGUAUUGCCAAUUCUUAAUGCUGCAAAUUCAGCUUUAAAUACAUUAACACCACAAGAUAUACAAAUUGUUAAAACUAUGAAAAGUCCACCUGCUAUUAUUAAAAUUGUUGUUGAAGCAAUUUGUAUAUUGAAAGAUGUAAAACCAGAAAGAGUUCAAGCUGAAGGUGGUAAAAUUGUUGAUGAUUAUUGGAAACCUUCACUUCGUAUACUUGGUGAUAUGAAAUUUCUUGAUUCACUUUUACAAUAUGACAAAGAUAAUAUACCAGAAAGAAUUAUGACUAAAAUACGUACAACAAUAUUAACAAAUCCAAAUUUUGAUCCUGAUAAAAUAAGAAAUGCAUCAACUGCAUGUGAAGGUUUAUGCAGAUGGGUCAUUGCACUUGAUGAAUAUGAUAAAGUUGCAAAAGUUGUAGGACCAAAAAAAAUUCGUCUUGCAAAAGCUGAAGAAGAAUAUAAUCAAGCAUUAACAGCACUUGAAAUAAAAAGAUCACAAUUACAUGAAGUACAAAAAAAAUUACAAUUACUUAUGGAUAUAUUAAAUCAAAGAAAAGCUGAUUAUCAAGCAAUGAUUGAUGAAGUACAAGAUUGUGAAGAAAAAUUAAAACGUGCUGAAGAACUUAUUGGUGGUCUUGGUGGUGAAUAUAAUAGAUGGUCAGAAACAGCUAAAACACUUGGUGAACUUUAUCAUAAAUUAACUGGAAAUAUAUUAAUUGGAUCAGGUGUUGUUGCAUAUCUUGGUGUUUUUACAAUGUCAUAUAGAACAAUACAAAUUGAUAAUUGGAUUGAAUUAUGCACAAAUUUAAAUAUCUAUUGUAGUAAAGAUUUUCAAUUGACUCAAGUACUUGGUGAUUCUGUAUUGAUAAGAUCAUGGAAUAUUUAUGGUUUACCAAGUGAUUUAUUUUCCAUUGAUAAUGGUAUUAUUGUUGUUAAAUCAAGAAGAUGGCCAUUAAUGAUUGAUCCACAAGGACAAGCAAAUAAAUGGAUUAAAAAUAUGGAAAAAAAUAAUGCUUUAAAUGUUAUACGUUUAAAUCAAAAUAAUUAUAUAACAAUACUUGAAAAUUCAAUAAGAUUUGGACAACCUGUAUUACUUGAAAAUAUUGAUGAAGAUAUUGAUGCUGUACUUGAGCCAUUAUUACUUAAACAAUUAUUUAAAAUAUCUGGUACAAUUUGUAUUAAAAUUGGUGAUUCAGUUGUUGAAUAUAAUCAUAAAUUUAAAUUUUAUAUUACAACAAAACUUUGUAAUCCUCAUUAUUUACCGGAAAUUGCUGUUAAAGUAACAUUAUUAAAUUUUGUUAUAACACCAGUUGGUUUGGAGGAUCAAUUAUUGGGAAUUGUUGUUGCUAAAGAAAGACCAGAUUUAGAAAAUGAAAAAAAUCAACUUAUUAUUCAAGGAGCUGCUAAUAAAAAAAUGCUUAAAGAAAUUGAAGAUAAAAUUCUUAAAGUUUUAUCUGGUUCUGAAGAAAAUAUUCUUGAGGAUCAAACAGCUAUUGGAAUUUUAAGUUCAUCAAAAAUAUUGGCUAAUGAAAUUGAAGCUAAACAAACUGUAGCUGAAAUUACUGAAAAAUCAAUUGAUUUAGCUAGGCUACAGUAUACAUCAAUUGCCAUUCAUAGUACAAUAUUAUUUUUUACAAUUGAUGUUUUGGCAAAUAUUGAUCCAAUGUAUCAGUAUUCUCUUUCAUGGUUUGUUAAUCUUUUUAAAUCGACAAUUGAUAAUACUCCACCAGUUGAAAAUAUUAGUAAACGAUUAGAAGAUCUUACUAAAGCAUUUACAUACUCAUUGUAUGUUAAUAUUUGUCGUUCAUUAUUUGAAAAAGAUAAAUUAUUAUUUUCUCUUAUUCUUGCAAUUAAUUUGCUAAAUAAAAAAGGUGAUAUAUCAAUGGAACAAUGGAUGUUUUUUCUUACUGGUGGUGUUGGUCUUGAUAAUCCUGAUAAAAAUCCAACUGAUUGGUUAUCAACAAAUUCAUGGAAUGAAUUAUGUAGACUUAAUAAUAUUACUGGUUUUUCAUUUAUUAAAAAAAGUUUUAUUGACUCGGUUGAUGAAUGGAAAUUGAUAUUUGAUGAUAAAGAACCACAGCUUAAAAAUUUUCCAAAGCCAUAUGAUCAAUUAAAUUUAUUUGAAAAAAUGCUUAUUAUUCGUUGUAUAAGAUCUGAUAAAGUUGUGCCAGCAGUACAACUUUUUGUUGAAGAUCAACUUGGCAAAGAAUAUGUUGAAUCACCACCAUUUGAUUUAGAAUCAUCUUUUGCUGAUUCAUUUUCUUGUGUUCCUUUGAUAUUUGUAUUAACACCAGGAGCUGAUCCAGCAGCAAUAUUAUUAAAAUUUGCUGAUGACAAUGGUUUUAUAUCAAGAUUAUUUUCACUUUCAUUGGGACAAGGUCAAGGUCCCAUUGCUGUUGGUUUAAUCGAUGAGGGUAUUAAAAAUGGUUCUUGGAUUGUACUACAAAAUUGUCAUCUUGCCAAAAGUUGGAUGCCGACCCUGGAAAAAAUUUGUGAAGAUUUUACACCUGAAAAAGUUCAUCCAGAUUUUCGUCUUUGGUUAACGAGUUAUCCAGCUGAACAUUUUCCAGUAAGUGUUCUUCAAAAUGGUGUUAAAAUGACAAAUGAACCACCAAAAGGUCUUCGAUCAAAUAUUACAAGAUCUUUUCUUCAGGAUCCAAUAUGUGAACCAAAUUUUUUCGAAAAAUCAAAACAAAAAAAUGCUUUUAAAAGAAUGCUAUUUUCAUUAUGUUUUUUUCAUGCUAUUGUUCAAGAACGAAGAAAAUUUGGUCCAAUUGGAUGGAAUAAUCCUUAUGAAUUUAACGAAACUGAUUUACGUAUAUCGGUAUUACAAUUGAAAGUUUUUUUAGAACAAUAUGAUGAUGUACAAUACGAAGCACUAAAAUAUCUUACAGGUGAAUGUAAUUAUGGUGGUAGAGUAACAGACGAAUGGGAUCGUCGUACAUUGAAUACAAUACUUGAAGUUUUUUAUUGUAUUGAAACUGUUGAAAAUAAAGAUUAUUAUUUUGACUCAUCUUGUCAAUAUUAUGUACCAAGAGUUUCUGAUCAUUCUGAGUUUCUUGAGUACGUGAAAAAUUUACCAAUGAUUACUGGACCAAGUGUAUUUGGAAUGAAUGAAAAUGCAGAUAUUAUUAAAGAUCAACAAGAAACUGAUCUUAUGAUAUCAUCAAUUUUAUUAACACAGGAUCUUGAGCUUCCUAAGAAUUUUUGGAAAAAGGAUACAACUGGUGAUGUUAAAAGCGGUGAUAAAACACCAGAUGAAAUUGUAUUUAGUGUUGCUGAGGAUAUAUUAUCAAAACUACCAGAUGAUUAUGAUUUAAUAAUUGCAUUAGAAAAAUAUCCAACAUCUUAUAAUCAAAGUAUGAAUACUGUUCUUGUUCAAGAAAUGGGUCGUUUCAAUAAGCUUCUACAAACUAUUAGAAAUAGUCUUAUGGGUGUUGAAAAAGCUAUCAAAGGUCUGACAGUAAUGAAUUCUGAGCUUGAAGAGGUUUUUACAUCGAUUAUAACUGGAAAAAUACCAAAUCCAUGGAAAAAAAAUUCUUAUCCAUCUCUUAAACCUUUGGGUAGUUAUAUUCAAGACUUUAUACAUCGUUUGAAAUUUUUACAAGACUGGUUUGAAAAUGGACCACCAAAUUCAUUUUGGUUAUCUGGAUUUUUUUUUACUCAAGCAUUUCUAACUGGUGCAAGACAAAAUUAUGCAAGAAAAUAUUCAAUACCAAUUGAUUUAUUAAUUUAUGAUUUUUUACCAUUAAAAGAAAAAAAAUUCAAUACACCACCAGAAGAUGGUAUUUAUAUUUAUGGAUUAUUUUUGGAUGGUGCUAGAUUUAACAUGGAAAUAAUGAAACUUGAUGAAUCAUUACCAAAAGUUUUAUUUGACACUGUUCCUCAUCUUUGGCUUUUACCAAUGAAAAAAGAAGAAGUACCAAAAAGAUUAACAUAUACAUGUCCAGUUUAUAAAACAUCUGAACGAAGAGGUGUAUUAUCAACAACUGGUCAUUCAACAAAUUUUGUUAUAGCAAUGUGGCUACCAACUGAUAAAUCAUCUCAACAUUGGAUAAUGCGAGGUGUUGCAAUGCUAUGUCAAUUGUCUCAAUGAAAUAGUAAAUAAAUAUAAAAUAAACAAGAUAAACUAUUUGAGCAAUUGAUAGCAAUACUAAUAUCAUCAUUUUUGGUGAUUGAAAUUAUUGACAUAAAUGUCAAUUCAAGUGAUCAAACUCCAGUUAAAAUUUAUAUCAUCAAUAUAAAACAACAAUUGAUUGUCUUAAAAUAUGAAUUCAUCAUAUUUCUUAUCAAUAAUAAAAUAGUACAGCCAAUUGAUAUAUACAAUUGUAUGUAUAUUUUGUUAUUUUGAUAAAAAGAUAAUAGUAUCAGCAGUUGUAAUAGUAUCAAUUGUAAAAUAUCCAGGGUUCAUGGAUUGUUGGUGAAUUUAAUGUGUGUUGUGGGGGGUAUAAAAUGAGAGAGGAAGAGAGAGAAGAGUAAGAGAGGGUUUAUGAAAAGGGAAAAGUAAAAAAAAAAAAAAAAAGUGUAGAGGGUUGAUGCUCUCUCUGGGCUGGUGGCGGCACCCUGUCUACUCGGACCGCGUUCUUCGAAUUGCCAGAGGCUCGUUGCCUAGCAACUUCUCAUCGUGUAUUGAUCUCCCUCGUUUCUCUCAUCUCUUUUAUUUUAUCUCACUUUACUCUCUCUCUCUCUCUCGUCAUCACAUACACUGAGUGUUACUACUGGCAUCAUCCCCUAAAUGCUUUUUGCCGUUCUGUGUAUAUAUUUGCAUCGUCAAUUUCCACUUUCGUCUUCGAGGCUUGUUACUCCUCUUUUUUUUUCUAUUUUCCCUUUGUGGACACAAUUUUAAAUGUAUUUUUUUUUUUUUUUUACCCAUUUUGCUAUGAACAUAUUACAGUUCCGCAAGUUAAAUCCCCGGAACCUGAGGGCGUGGUUCAAAUUUAAAUUUUAUUAU